GAACUGGUGCAAUAAGUUAAAGUGAGACAAACAUUUUCUCACUCUAACUUAUUGCACCAGUUCAGCAGUGCAGUAAUAGAAAACAGACUCUUAGUUUAUGAGAACUAAAAUGUCAAAUGUAAAGGCUACUUUUUUAUAACAGUUUAAAAUCCAUAAUUGUGACGUUACGUAAAAACUCUUGACAUACAAAUCCGAAUUAUGAAACCUGAAGGAGCGACGGAUUGCAUGACAAUAUUAAUAUUUUUAUCUACAUGUUUUUGAAUUUAUCUUAAUAUAAUGUAAAUGAUACACAUGAACAUUUUAUAGCACACACACACACAUCAGAAUUUAGAAAUAUAUAUAAAACACAAUUGCUUUGCAAUUAUUACAAAUAAACUUGAUACAAAAUACAUUAAAAACACAAAGAUACAAUGUUUAGAGAUACACAAAAAAUUAUUGUAGAGGAUGGACUUGCUCCAUCGGCACCGUAUGUCAUAAGUAUCAGGAUGGAAGAUUUGUUAGAGAAAUUAAAGCUAUUAAAUUAUGACUCAGAGUUUGUACAAGAUCUAAAAAUGAAACCAAUAAACAGGCACUAUUUUGUUGUCCCAACCAAUCCUGGAGAACAAUUUUAUACAUUUACUUGUCUGGCUGCAUGGUUGAUUAGAAAAGCUGGGAAAAAUUUUGAGAUGCCUCAAGAAUCAGAUGAUCCCAAUUCAACAAUAGCUUUAAUCUUGGAUUACCUUAGAGAUAUUGAUAUAUCUGUAGAAUUUCCACCCAAUAAACUCAAACAGGGUACUGGGGAACAUGCAGUUUAUGUCUUGGAUAAUUUGGCUGAUAAUGCAUUGAAGAUAGGAAACUUUAAAUGGAACAAAGUUAAUAUCCUACCUGAUGAACCUACACCAGAACCAGAUAUUGAGGAUGAUGAUGCAGAAUUAAUUUUAGAAAAAGUUGAAGAAGAAAUGAUGGCCGAGUAUGAUGAUGAAGAUCAAGAUAUUUUACAUGUAGAUGACAUUACAAAAUUUUACAGUCAAAACAUUAAUGAAAUGCAGAAACCAGAUAGCAUUUUAGAAUCUAAAACUAAUAGAGAUGAAUGGCAAUUAGAAUUAGAAAAAGUUUUACCUCGGUUGAAAGUAACAGUUAAGACAGAUUCAAGAGAUUGGAGAGCACAUCUUGAACAAAUGAAACAACUGCGUGUGAAUAUUGCAACCAAUCUAAGUGGCACAAAAGCUCAUUUAAAUAAAAUAUAUUCCGAUAUUGGAAAUACUUUAGACAAAAUCAAGACAAGAGAGACUUAUCUAAAUAGGCAACUCGAGCCUUCUUUGACAGAAUAUCGUACAUUGCAGGAGGAAUUGUCAAAAGUUAAAGAACAAUAUAGGGAUGUUAGUGGUGGUGUUACUGAAAGAACAAGAGUUUUAUCUAAAUUAAUGGAGGAAUUGGAACUUGUGAAAAGGGAGAUGGAUGAAAGAGGAUCAAGCAUGACUGAUGGAACGCCGCUUAUUAAUAUAAAAAAGACAAUUACAAAGAUGAAGAAUGAAAUCUCUGAGAUGAAUAUUCGGAUUGGUGUAUUAGAAUAUAGUUUAAUGUGUGCAAGAGUACGAGAUCGAACUCAGUUACGAGAGGACAUGAACAGCACAAGUGCUUCAGUAAUAAUCUGAGUCAUAUAUUAGUAGAACAUCUUUGUUAUUUGAUUAUAUUAUGUUUUGAUCUAUCCAGUAUGUGAUAUAUUGUGAAGUCCAAGUUUAUAAGAUUUUUAUGAAAUUCUAGAUAUUUUAAUGUUUACAUUUUGUGCAGAUGAUGAUAGCAAAAAGUCUCAUUAAGAACACAGUUACAUUCAAAUUUCAAUAUAAGAUUCUUUUUCUUUCUUUGAGCAUCACAUCCUGAUAUGAUAUAUUAAGAAUCAAACGUGUAUUAUUACCACGGGUCCAAUUUUAAUAAUAUAAUUAUAUAGAACUGAAAACACAUAUAUGUAGACACACAACACUAUGUUGGUUGCAAUGUAAAGUAUAUGAAUUUUUUGUUAGCACUUUAUAUAAGUUUAUAUUAUUAUAUUAUAGCUCAUAGUUGACAAUUGACAUUUUCACAAAAUAACUGUUUUAGUUAUAGGUUUCCUAUAUUAAAUAAAUCGUGUUUUUAUUGUAAA